AUGGCAGAAGUAGGUGACAGUGUACUGUCGUCGGAACCAUUGCUUCUUUUACCUGGUAAUCCUUUACAGUAUCCCAUUAUUUGGGGUGAAACGCCAGCCGACUUCACUUGUAGAUUGUGCAUGAAAACUUUUUACAAUAAGAAUGCUUUGCAAAAUCAUAAAAAGACACAGCAUGAUGAUGAAGUCAUUAAUAGUGACGUGGAAUUCCAGCAGAAACCUGCACAGCUUAGUGAUCAAAACGUAAACGGGCUAUGCGGCUUCAAUUUCAUACCGUUAAAUAAAAACAAUGAUGAGCAAACGACAGGACGUGAUGGUUUUAUCACGCGUACAUUUUCCGAAGACACAACUUAUUUAAUUAUCAAAAUCGAGAGAAACGACAUUGAUACCGAUGCCAUGAAGCGAUACCGACUGGAUGGUGUUGUGAAAAAGACACAAAUGAAACCUAAACUACCGAUUGAUCUCAGGGGGCCAUUUACUUGCACAUUCCCUUCGACCCUGCGUCCGGAUCUGCAGUGUCGUCAGAUUUUCUUCAACUGCUGUGAUUAUUCACUUCACUAUCGGGAAGAGCAUACUAAAAGACGCAAGGCCGCACUACGCUGUCAGGUUUGCGAGAAGCGCCUGGACCGGAACUUCUACCCGAAUGAAACGAUCCCUGCACAACUGCACGCCUCAACUCAGUUUACUUUCUCUUGUCGCAUUUGCAGUCUAAUAUUCCUGGAUAGCACCGAGUACGACGAGCACAAUCGUAUCGUCCACGCAAAGAUGAAACCGCAUCAGUGCUCGAUUUGUGCUAAACGAUUCACUCAACAAGGCGGCUUACAGCAGCACAUGCGAAUGCACACAGGUGUCCGCCCCUUUGCCUGCACGUUCUGUCCGAAAGCAUUUACACAAAAGGCAGGACUGGACCAACAUCUUCGGACACACACCAAGGUGAAGCCGUUCAAGUGUGUCAUUUGUAGCAAGUGUUUCUCGCAGUCGGUGCAUCUUCGCCAACAUAUGCGCACUCACACCAACAUACAACCAUUCGAGUGCUCCGUAUGUGGACGGAGAUUCAAACAAAGUAGUCAUUUAAAUUUUCAUAUGCGUUCGCAUGUUGGAGAUGGUUCUUUAGUUAUGGAUAAUUUUGUACAAGGAGAAGGUCACGAUAACCAAAUGCAAUUUCUAAACUUGGCCAACUUGCAGCCAGUGCAAGAUGGCGACACGUUGUAUUAUGCAACAGAGCUCGCUGUCGGUCCUACGGCUAACCAAAUCUCGUUUCCAUAUCAGUCACAAGUAGUAAUGCCGGGCAACGUGCUCUCAUUGUGA